CCUUCAGGUCCGCUGUUGGAUGGCAGGCGCAACUGCAACUUAGGUGACACGUAAACUAAAAAAGUGCAGACGGUGUGAAGAGCUCGGGCCUGUGGCGCGUGAGAAUGACUUUAGAGUUAUUGGUUAUAGAUUAUUUAUUAGUUUAAUGGGUGGAGAAGUUGCUGUGGGCCUGGGUUUAUCUUUUUCUGGAUCUGAAUCUGGAUUUUAGGGAAGUUCUGAGAGUUCUGGAAGUUCUUGGAGUUCUGGGAGUUCUGGACUGGGCUGGACUUGGCUGGAGUGGGCUGUGGGACCCCCAGGAAUGACCCUCUCAUGCAGGCUGAGGAUGAUCUCCAGCUCUUAGCUCCAGAAACUGGUGGUUUUAUGAGUGCAGGGAGCUCCUCAGCUCUUUACAGAAGUCAGGAGGGGAAGUUGGGUGGAGGUUUCUACAGCAGGAGAAGCUGCAGCAGCAGGAGCCUGGGCCAGGCCACCACCAUGGCUAACGGGGUUUGCUCCAGGAGGCAGAGGAAGAUCCUGCAGACCCUCCUGGUGCUCACCCUGGUGUGUGGGGGGCUCUAUGGGGCUAUGGUGGCUUAUGAGACCCACAGGCAGCUGAAGAGGACCGAGGCCAUGUCCCUGAAGUACCAGCAGCACCAGGAGGCUCUCUCAGCUCAGCUGCAGGUUGUGUACGAGCAUCGAUCCAGGCUGGAGAAAUCUCUGCAGAAGGAACGUCUGGAGCACAAGAAAGCCAAAGAAGAUUACCUGGUCUAUAAACUCGAGGCCCAGCAGUCCUUAAACAAGGAGAAGCAAGAUGCCAGCAGCAGGUUCGGCUCUCUGCAUUCACAGCACCAGAUGCUGAAGUCGCAACAUGAGGAUCUGAAGAAGCAGUUCUAUGAGCUGCAGGAGCAGCACCAGGCUCAGGGUGAUGACCACAGUAAGGUUGUGGACCAGCACCGCCAGAGAUACGAUCAGCUCCAGCAGGCCAAAGAGCACGAGAUCUCCAAACUGAAAGAAAGUGUUUAUAAUCUGCGGGAGGAGAACAGGCAGCUGAGGAAGGCCCAUCAGGAGAUUCAUGUGCAGCUUCAGGAUACACGGCUGCAGCACAAGGAUUUAAAAGCAGCCCACGAUCAGCUUGUGUUGACUCUGGAGGACCACAAGAGUGCGCUAGCAGCGGCCCAGGUCCAGGUGGAUGAGUAUAAGCAGCUGAAGGAGACUCUGAAGGAGAAGCCCCCUGCAGCCGGUCUGCAGGUUCAACCAGCUCAUAUCAAACAGCCUGAGGAGCAUCAGGACACGCAGUCACGGCUGGAGCAUCAGGAGAACAGUCCAGUAAAGGCAGAACUUGAUGCAGUACAGGAGGAGGAGGAGAGGAGGCGGGAUCAGAUAGAUCAGGACCUUCACAAACCUGAAGAGCCUGAACACCAAGACCCUGAAGCAGAACAGAACCAGCCUGAUGAGAACGCCAUAGAUCUGCAGCAGCAUGCAGUACAUCUGGUCCGUCCCACUCAGAAGUCUCUGUUGGAGCAGCAGCAGGAGCAGCAGCGUCUGGCUUUGCGGCUGGCCGGCGAGCGGCGGCAGCUCCACCAGCGGCAGGAGGAGCUCCAGCGGCAGCAGCUCCAGCAGCAGAGAGAGAGAGAGGAGAGGGUGAAGCAGGAGAAGGAGAGAGAGGAACGGCAGCACAGGGAGGCUGAUCUCAGAGAACAGCGGCUACGGGAGGAACAGCUCAGGAAGAAGGAACACUAUGAAAACUUAGAUGCUGCUGCUGUCCAGGAUGAGGACGAUGCACGGGUUGAUCUUGAGGACGAGAAUAAUCUGCAUCAAGAUGAAGAGCCCAGGCAUGAGGAGGAGCAGCAGCUCCAUCAUGAAGAGCAACCCAUCGAGGCCGAGAUCGACCCAGCCGACGACCCCAACAACCAGGGAGAGGAUGAGUUUGAGGAGGCGGAGCAACAGGUUCAUGAGGAGGAGGAGCAUGAGGAGCCUGUGCUUCCAGGCCACGCUGAUACACAUUUACACGCAGGCAAUCAGCAGCAUCCCCCUGCAGACGAGCAGCUGGUGAUGGCAGGAAAUCCCGAUCAGCAGGAGGACAACCUGGAGGAGCAGUAUCAGGAGGAGGGAGAUGAAGAGGUUCAGGAUGACCUGCCUGAAGAGCAGAAGCCAGAAGAAGCAGGAGAAGAACCAGAUCCUUACAAUGAGGAGAAUGGAGAGCAGGAUGAUGCCAGAGAGCAGGAAGAGGCGGGGCCAGAGGAUAAACAUCCAGCCAAGCAGCCCAAUGAAGAGGAGAACUACGAAGAGGAGGAGGAGGAGCCUGAGGAGGACGCCAAUCGCAGGGCAGAGAUGUGAGCUGAUGGAGAGAAGGAGGACCAAUCACACCACACUUCCUCUGGACAGGACCUUUUUUAUUUGGUGGGAUUCUCCUUUUUUCUCCUCAUAGCAGAAUUAAACUCUGUGACGCAGAGGUUCUGCAGGACCAGACGGUCCUAAAAGGAGUUGGACACGGACAGAAACCAAAUGCUGGACCUACAGAUCAAACCCACAGCCUUCGGGUUCACCUCGACUUCUCGACUGUGCCUGAGAUUUAAUCAGAAUCUAAAAUGCUCACUUUAGAUGGGUUAGGAACCAAAUAUGUUUGCUUAAAUAUGUGCUUUUUUGCAGUUUAAAUGUAUUUAAUGUAAUUUUCUGAUGUUUGUGAGGUGUCCUUGUGUGUUUUUGUACUUGCGAAGCUGCUGGAGAGCUCUUGAACAUGUAGCCAGAUCAUUUUUUUAAUCAAGCCUCGCAUCAGUCUUUGCUCCACAGCCCUUAAAGGAGAACUCUGGUGUAAAAUGGACUUUUGUUGUAGUAAAACAUGAUAAAAAGUUCUUACCUUUGAUGAAUAGCUCACCUCCGUUCUCCCACAGCGUUCCAAGAUCAAGCAAUUUUAACAGUUUGUCCAAACACCCUUUGGACUGGGUGACAUGGGGUGUAAUUUGCCCUGAUAAAUCACUUUUUUCCACCGUUAUCCAGCUCAAAGUAGCUCCACACCUCCUUGCUAGAAUCUGGAGAGCCCUGACAUUUAAAACACGAGGCAUUAAUAACUUAAAACGUGCACAAGAAGCUUAUUAAAAAACACUGUUUACAUCCUAUAACAACACUAGCUUCAGCUCCGAGCGCUGCCAUCACUGAACUAAAAAUAAUAUAGACAUACAGGGGUUGGACAAUGAAACUGAAACACCUGGUUUUAGACCACAAUAAUUUAUUGUCCUGACAGACAGUUCUGGUGGAAACAGGAGAGUUGAGGUGCACAUUGAAUUCUGCCGUGAUUUGGGCAGCCGUGGUUUUAUGUUUUUUGGAUACAAUCCGGGUUAGCACCCGAACAUCCCUUUCAGACAGCUUUCUCUUACAGCGUCCACAGUUAAUCCUGUUGGAUGUGGUUGGUCCUUCUUGGUGGUAUGCUGACAUUACCCUGGAUACCGUGGCUCUUGAUGCAUCACAAAGACUUGCUGUCUUGGUCACAGAUGCUCCAGCAAGAUGUGCACCAACAAUUUGUCCUCUUUUGAACUCUGGUAUGUCACCCAUAAUGUUGUGUGCAUUGCAAUAUUUUGAGCAGAACUGUGCUCUUACCCUGCUAAUCGAACCUUCACACUCUGCUCUUACUGGUGCAAUGUGCAAUUAAUGCCAUGAAACCUCCCACACUAAAAGGACAGGUGUUUCAGUUUCUUUGUCCAACUCCUGUAUAUAUACAUAGACUUCGCAUAGCCAGAAGGCAAGCUAUGCAGAGUCUAUGUAUAUAUGUCUAUUGUUAAAAUUUCUGGAUCUCAGAACGCUGUGGGAGAACGGAGGUGUGCUAUUCAUCAAAAAAAGUACUUUUUAUCAUGUUUUACUACAACAAAAGUCCAUUUUACACCGGAGAUCUCCUUUAAUUUCCAUCAUGGAUGUGCUUCCUGGUGGUGUGAGUACUGUUACUGUCACAACAUGAAUGUGUCCUAUGUUUGGCGGAUGGAUGUACUGUAGAUGCUAACGACUAUCAUUGCUGUUUUCUUUAGGUUUUUGUUUUAUUCUAUAGUGAAUAUGUAUCAUACGUGGAGCUUCUCGCUCUUGUAAAUUGGUGAUUUAUUAGGUGCAUUAAUCGCUUAUUGCUUUUAUUUGCUUUACUCAAAUACCAAUAACACUGACAAGGCUGGCUUUACAUGGUGAAACUUUACGCAGAGUAAUUCAACAGUUCACCAAAGCAAAUGUAAAAAUACUUAAAGUUCUAUGAGAAACAAUCAAUUUAAAAGUAGAACUGAGUAUCAGAAUUCAAUACUUUUAGGGUAAUGGCUAUGGUCCAACCCUUAUUUUGACUGAACAUUACCGAAGACAGUUUAAUCAAUAUCUUUGUUAAAUUUUCCAAAUUUUAGCUUGUUUUUCUGCUGAAAAACCCAGUUUUUGCUGGUAGCUGGUUGUUUCAGAUGGUCUAAGCUGGUCUUUGAUGGUCAAGGUAUGUAAAAAGCUGGUCUUUGAGGGGAAAAGUACUGAUUCAUAAGAUUUAAAGAUAAUUUCACAGUGCAUUUGCAGCGGUAAUGUCUUAAUUGCAUUCCCAAAAAACACUAUUUGAACUACAGUUGUUUAACUACAGUGUUUUUUUUUAUGAAAGAUUCCUUUACUUCAUCCAAUUAUCCAGAUUAGUUAGCCUACACUUUCUGUAAUGAAAUUAUCUGUUGUCAGUGUGUUUAUAGCAGUGAUGAAAUCCACACAUUUAUCACAAUGCCAAAUUAAUCACAAUAUGAUAAAAUACUGUUAUAUUUUUCAGGUCUACAAAGUGAAGUCUUGUUGGUCGUGCUAGUUAAUGGUGGUUUUGCUAAGCUGGUUAUCCAGUUUGUAUAAUUUGACCAGCUUGCGCAGAGUAGCAUGAUAGCUAGUAAUGGUAACUGGUGAUAAAUACAGUAAUUCAAAAGAAUGAAACCUUAUUAUUCCAAAGACAUUCUUUAUAUUUAGUUUUAAGUCUAUAUGAUUGUCCAUUCUGAUCUUGUGAUAUGUUAUCUGCUGUUUAAUAUGCUGUUUAUACUGUAUUUGUGUGACAAAUUCUGUUUUUUUGCCGCUCAGCUCACCAUGUAAAGCUAGUCUCUAAUCUCCCAAUACUUCUGUGUUACCCUGCGUUCACACUGGCACGUGACUUACAGUGCUACAGGCGGCCAUUCAUUUCCUAUGGAAGGACUUCUUUAUAAAACAAAAAUCGUUCUUCUUUAGGAAAUACAGCAGGGUUUGGUGAGGUAUCGUAAAUGUGAUUAAAUUUAUUAUUUUUUAAAUUCUUUUUUUGCAACUAGAUCUCACUGAUUAACCUGUUUAAUAAGACUUAAUACACAUCUAUAGCAAUAGAACACACUUUCUAGCAAUAGAACUGAUAGACAAAAACCUACAUUCUGUGAUUACAGUUACCAGUACAGCUGAGUUUAAAAUGCUGGUUUAUAACUAGUGCUGAUAUUUUACUUGUGAACGGCUGAUUUUUAGUUUAAUUGUUAUUAUUAUUUUUAGUUCAGAAUAAACAUAAUGCUGCCUGUGUGUAUGUUUGAUAUAUUUUAUCCACAUUGGCAGGUAUCUAAAAAGAUAAAAGCAGUUAAUUUAAACAGGUAUCAAUGCCCUAAACUGCCUCCUGAAAAAAGACAGACACAAAAACCUCCCACUCCUCUGAUGUAUUAUAUUAUAUUAUAUUAUAUUAUAUCAAAGGAUCUUAUCGUGAUGUAAUUGUUAUCUGUCAUAUUCACAAAACUGCCAUUUUUUUUAUAAAACAUCUUAUAGAUGAACACUGCCCAACUACACUUCUAAUUACAGAGAGUAUAUUUAGUUCUGAAUAAUUGUUUUUAGUGCAGAAUAUUAUGAAUACAAAUUAUAUAUUAAUGUACUAUGUAUGGGUUGGUAAUUGAGUUAGAGAGAGUAGGAAUCGGCCAUCAGGACUCUGACUGGCUCAGCAGAUCAAGACGCUCAUACUAAGGCACAGAGGACUGAGGAUACAAACUCAAUUGAGUUCAAUUGUUAAAUUGAGUAGAAAAUGGGGUAACAAUAAAAAAAAAAAAAAAAAAAGUAUUAGCUAUUAUUGAUGUGUUUAUUAAUAAAUAAGUGGUCCAGUAGACUAAGUUUCUUCCACUAUGAUCCAAACAUCACAGAUUCAAAGCCCCGAUUAUGGUACCUGACCUCAGCAGCCAGAGUCAGAGAGAUCACAACUGUCCAAGCUCCCUCUCCCCUCCUCUCUAAUCACUCCUAGUGUUAUGUUGGUCAGCACAGGUAUCUGUUAGCCGAUGUAUCAGAGCUGAGUCGCUGCGCUUUCCUCUGAACGUGCUGUGAUGCUACAUCAGCAGUAGUUGGAAAAAAAAAGUAGGCGGAGCUUUGCUUUACAUGUAUCAGAGGAGGCAUGCGCUAGCCUUCACUCUCCUAGUGUUGUGGAAAUUAGAUAGGAGAGGUCCUAAUGAGUUGAAAAUGUGACUAAAAAAAAUCAAUAAAUGUGCAAUUGUGCAUUAUAAAAAUAUAACAUUUAAGCAUAUCGCUUUAGUGCCAAAGAAAUAAAAAGUAAAAAAUAAAAUUAAUCAGUUUACUUGUCAGAGCCAGCAAAAGUGCCAGAAAAUUGAUAAUAAUAUUUAUUGCCAACUAUAUUUUUUCCUGUAUUAAUUAACACAUGGUUGCCUUAUUCUAUUAAUUGUACACACUUUAUUCUAUUUUCCUGAGCUGCAGCUCCUCCUUCUCCGUCUUCUUCUGUAAUUAUUUUUCUUUUUAUUCUGACCGUCAGACGCAGAAUGUCUGAAAGCUCAUUGGCAGACAGCUGUUCCUCUUUUUCGAAGUCAUUUUUUUUAUUUGUGAGACAAAGAAGCCGUGCAUUUGCUUGUUUUGAAUGUAUGUCACUACAAAGAGUUAUUGUAUUUAUUUUGUCAAGUAUUAUUUUUAUUAUGAAGAAUCAUCUUUUACUGCCAAAAUGCUACUUUACAGUGUACAGUACUUAAUUCUCCCUGUUUGAUUAUUUGUCAUAAAACUAUUGCAGAGAACAGUCUGUUAGGUAAGCGUUUAAUCUAUUUAAUACACUGUAUUAAAACAAAACACUACGUAUGUUUUUACUCACUUUUUUCCAAAGAUUGUCACUUUUUUAAUAAGGUAAUAAGGUAAGGGUUUUGUAUAGGAAUGUGUGGAGGAUGUGUUGGUGACAGUGGCAUGUGUGUGGAAUAAAAAUGUUAAAGGAUUUUAUAAA